AUGGGCACCCGGCAGACCAAGGGCAGCCUGGCAGAGCGAGCCGGCCCCGGCGCGGCGCCCGGCCCCCGGCGCGAGCGGCCCGACUUCUGGGCGUCGCUGCUGCUGCGCGCCGGGGACAAGGCGGGGCGCGCGGGAGCGGGCGCGGGGCUGCCCCCCUACCACCGCCGCGUCGGCAUGGUCCAGGAGCUGCUGCGGAUGGUGCGCCAGGGCCGGCGGGAGGAGGCGGGGACGCUGCUGCAGCACCUGCGCCAGGACCUGGGCAUGGAGUCAACCUCGCUGGACGACGUCCUGUACCGCUACGCCAGCUUCAGGAACCUGGUGGACCCCAUCACGCACGACCUCAUCAUCAGCCUGGCCCGCUACAUCCACUGCCCCAAGCCGGAGGGCGAUGCUCUGGGGGCCAUGGAGAAGCUGUGCCGGCAGCUGACGUACCACCUCAGCCCCCACUCCCAGUGGAGGCGCCACCGCGGGCUGGUGAAGAGGAAGCCCCAGGCCUGCCUCAAGGCGGUCCUGGCCGGGAGCCCUCCAGACAACACGGUGGACCUGUCAGGCAUCCCGCUGACCUCCCGUGACCUGGAACGGGUGACCAGCUACCUGCAGCGCUGCGGGGAGCAGGUGGAUAGCGUGGAGCUGGGCUUCACGGGCCUCACGGAUGACAUGGUUCUGCAGCUGCUGCCGGCGCUCAGCACGCUGCCCCGGCUGACCACACUGGCCCUCAACGGCAACCGGCUGACGCGGGCCCUGCUGCGCGACCUCACCGACGCCCUCAGAGACCCCAGGAAGUUCCCCAGCGUCACGUGGAUCGACCUGGGCAACAAUGUGGACAUCUUCUCGCUGCCCCAGCCCUUCCUGCUCAGCCUACGCAAGCGCUCCCCCAAGCAGGGCCACCUGCCUACCAUCCUGGAGCUGGGCGAGGGCCCGGGCAGUGGGCACGAGACCCAGGACGAGGCCCUGGGCCCAGAGGAUCCCGGAGGGGGCCCUGAAACCCCCACGAGAGACCAGGAGGGCAGGGAAACUGUAGGUGCAACCCAGACGUGA